AUGGCAGGAAGAUGGGAAUAUCUUCAUGCUACCUCUCUUUUAAUUCAAUGCCACAUAGGAGUGACACUAGAUGGGAAUAUCUACGAGAUACCUCCUAUGUGUGCUAAAACAAAUCCCAAAAAACAUAGGAAGAAUCAUCAAAAAACCCAAAAUGGAGGAACCCUGAAAGAAAACGCUGUUCAAAGCUCUGGGAAUAGUUUUAAGAACAGCCAGGCAGUUCAGGCGCCGGAGGUCAACGUAGCAACAGUUUGUGACCAAGGAAGCACAAAUUGCAAAGCUAUUCAAAGCUUACUAAAUUCCUCGAAGAGAAAUGCCUUUCAGGAAUCGAAUGCACUGCGGCAUGAUGUUAUUGUAAUCGACAAUAACAUGAUUGUACCGCUGUUUGAUUCCCCCCAUUUGUUAAAAUGUGUCCGCAACAACUUGCUGACAAAGGACUUGAGGUUUAAAUUUCAAGACAAUAUUUCACGGGUGGCUAAAUGGGCACACGUGGAAUAUCUAUAUUUUAUUGAUAGCAGUAAUGUUUAUGAGGACCGACUCCUGCAUAAACUUACUGCUACACAUGUUGUUCCAAGUAAAAUCCCUAAAAUUAAGGUCAAAUAUUGCGACCAAGUUUUUAGUCGAGCAGUUGGAGCCCUAAUGACACUGAUGAGCCGUAGCAAGGCUAAGAGUGUGUGCGGUACGCGUGAAAUGUCGGGCGAUGGAAUUGACACUGCUCGACUUAUUCAUUUUAUGAAUAGUACUUUCGACAGUGUCAAUAGUAGUGUUGCGCAGUCGACAAGUAGAACAGACAUGACCUUAGUAAAUGUUUGGAAUGUAGCUAUUUCGGGGUUUCGUAGCACGAGCUUUUUGAAAAGAUAGCCUGUGGAUAAGGAGCACCCAAUGGUACUGCAAAGGUGGAUUAGGACACUUUAGAAUUUUUAAUUUUUUAAAUCUCAUCUGCGUGAUCUUGGUUUUGUUGAAUUUGUUACCCGUAAUUUUAACCAAGACGCGCUUGAAAAUUUUUUCGACCAAAUAAGUCAACAUGUGCCCGCUAUACUAAUCCCACUUGUAGAGCCUUUCAAGCAUAUUAUCGAACACUGCUUAUCAAUUGAUAUUCGCAAUUGGUAAGUGGGGAUACCAAUUGCGAAUCUGAUGAAUCCGCAAGGUUUCUAUGUAACUUAAAAAAAUUUAUAUCGGUUGCCCCACGUGCAUCGACGGAUGAAAAUGUAAUUUUUCUAAAUUUUAAUGUUCCAAGUGCACCUAAAUUAGCUAUUCAGGCUGCCAUUCGAUAUAUUACGCGAAUUAUUCGAAAAAAAAUAUGUUUGCAGAAGUUGUUUGGCCUUAUUUUUCAAAACCGACAAUUUCGGGGAAUAUUCGUCGAUGCAUAGUGGAUGCACAUUUUCCAACAUAGCACACAUUUCCGGCCUUGUUACGGCUAUUAAAUUACAAAAUAUCGGAGCAUAUAAAAUUUAAUUUCAUAUGCUCCGAGCAUAGAAAUGAUUUGAGAACAUAUAUGAUACAUAACUGUAUCAUAUACACUGCUGGAAAAAAUUGAGGGAUCACUAAAAUCUUUCGAAAAUUUUGGUCACAUUCAAGUGACUAUAUCUUCACGGAAAAAAGUCAUAAAAAAUAUUUGAAAAUGCCGUUUUGUAGGCCGAAAUCUGUAGUUUUCGAAUCAGGAGAUCAACAUUUUUUUUGUCUGGCCAUGUCACUUUUUUUUUUAAAUGAAGUGCAACGAAGGAAUGUUCAAACAUUUUCGUCAACUUUGAAGGUAUGCACAGUACGAAAAAAAUUUUUCUUGGCAAAUUCAAUUAAAUGGUAUUAUAGAGUAAACUUUUGUUUUUAUUUUCGUUUUUUUUGGUUUUGCUAUACAAUUUUUAUUGACCGAGUUCUUUAUGAUUAUGUGAAAACGGGUACUUUUCACUUUGAACGCCUAUAACUCGUAAAUACAUGAUCGCAGAAAAAUUUCAAUGAAUGUUUUGGACAGCUGAGAAACUUUCCUUUAAAAGGCUUUGGUUCCCAAUUUGAUGACAUUUUUUUUUAAUUGCAUAUAAUCCUUUUCAAAAUGACCUAAAAAUUUGCACAUAUACCAC